GUCGCUCGACCGCGCCCGCCGCGCCGUUCGAAAUUCAAAUUUCGAACCUCGAAUCCGUGACCCAUUUUGAAGUGUGUUAUUUUUUUAAUUUGCGAAAAAGGAAUUGUGUUUGUGCCAGUGACGUUGCCAAGUGCUUGUUGCGUUCGGAUUUCUCUUCAAUUUUUCGCAACCUUGGUCCUUUCGAGGCGGUGACGGGGGGCGAGAUGGUAUCCCGGCGGCGUAUCCUGUCGCGUUCGCGCGACGACCUCACCCAGGCCAUCUCCAACCAGAUGGAGGAGGAAGAAGACGUGUGGUAUCAGAAGGACAAACUUUAUAAGGAACACAUACAGGAAGUGCUAGACAAAUGGACCCAGAUCGACGACGAGAUAUGGGCGAAGGUGAUAGUGUUCGAGCGCAACCGACGCGUGGCUAAAGCCUAUGCGCGCGCGCCGGUAUUGACCAUCAACGGGUCGGACGACGGUUUUGAUGGGAUGAGAAUCGGCCUUUGCGGGUUCGACAAUCCUCACAGAGACCAGAAGACAGAAGAAUUAAAAAGACAUAUAGGACAGGGAGUAAAAAUCAAAAUGGACGACGCGGGUAACAUACUCAUCAGACGCUAUUCGAAGAGUAGUGUGUUCGUGAAGAGUACUGCGGCCACCAGCAACGAGGAGACCGCCAUCGGCCAGGACAUAGUCAAGCUGCCGGGGUAUGCGCUUGAACAGGAGAAGAUAUUCAAGCUAUUCGACAUGAAGAGAUUCCAAUCAAACGUUAACCGGGAGCUGCGCCGCUCCUACCCGGACCGUCGGCGGCUCGAAACACAGUGUCUUAGCGCCAUCGGCUUCGUCAAGUCUGAGAACGACUUACUGGAGUGCCCUAUUUGGGUGCUUAUCAUAAAUGUUGUAGCCAUGGACAUGCUGAAAUCUAAGCUGCCACCAGUACAACGUCCCAUGGACAUCAAGAACCGUCCGCGCAUCCCGAUUCCCGACGAGGACCCCUACAGCAUCGCCAGUUCCAACGCCAACUCCGGGUCUUCAGGGAGCUCAGGCUACGGGCUGAACGGUCACGGCGUGGUAGCCGCCACCAGAGAACAGCUGAUGAUGCAGAUGGGACAGAGGAGGGGGGACAAACCCCCGAAACUGCCGCCUAGGGAGAAUGGAUAUGGGCCUGCUGAUAUUCCCAAGCCUGAUUACGAUGACUUAGAGGACGGCCGCCUGCCGCAGCUCGCGCGCGGCAAGUCCGACAAGGGGAAAGAUAAUAAAAAAUACGAUGACCCGUACUACUGCGGUCUGCGCGCCCGCGUUCCGAACUUCGUAAAAACCAACGCGAAGCACAUCCUCCCGGCCAUGACCGAGCGCCUCACACUCAAAGACGCGCCCGUCCCAAGCAAGCGCUUCAGCGUUGCUCAUCCGCACCCAGCCUUCCCGCCGCAUAUGGCCCCGUUCGCUCAUGCCCCCAUGCCACCCCAAGCUCUAUGGCAUGCCCGUUCAUACGAAAGCGGAAUCGAUGGAGAGCAUUAUGACCCCUAUGCGUUGUACGGUCGCCUGCCCAUGCCUGGCCGCGGCUUCCCUCCCCCUCCGCCGGCGCACGCGCGUCACAUGUUCAUCGGAGAGUGGGACUAAAAUGCACCUUAACCCAAACACAGUAGAGACAUAUUAGCUUGUAUUUAUAGUUUAUGCGGCAAAAUUGUGUUAAAACAUUAUUUAGCCGAAUAAACUAUAGCCACCUGAAUGGUAGUCGAUUAUAAUCUAACUGUAAGAAGUAGGUAUUGUCACAUUGAUGUUGCUGAAGGACAUGAGUGGCAAAUAUAAGUUUUUUUAUAUUUAUUUUGUGAAAUGCUUUAUAUCAAUGUGACUGUAUCUUUGAUCUGGAUCUAGAUGAACGUUUUUGUAAAUAUUUACAUUGUUGUAAAUUUGUUUGUACAGUAGUGUAAUCUGUAUUUUAUAUUAUUUUGUGUUCUGUUGCGUUUUUUGUUUGGACAAAAAUGCGUCCUUGGCUUUAGUUAUGUUUAUAUAUUUUGAAAUGUUUUAAUCGAUUUUAUGUAUUAUCCAUUUUGGAAAUAAGAUAGAAUGUAUCUAGAGUAAUAGUUAACAAGUAGAUGUUGACAGAAUAUUUUCUGAUACAUUUAACUUAAACUAGUUACUAAAAUAAUGUAACAAAUCACUGCCACUUGAUUUUACAUUUCUACAUAUAUUAUCUUAUGAAAUGUUUUAUAUUUAUUAAUUAGGUGUCAAUCCUAGUCAAAAACUGGGUUGGGAAAAAUGAAAAUAAACACAGGCGAAAGAAAUGAACCAUCGUAUUUUUCAAUAUAAUGACUAAACUAUAGGGGCCUCAAAACCAUAUAUUAAUAUGAAAAGUUUACCGUCAAUCGAGGUUACAAACAAUCUUAUACGCAAGUGAUAAAUUAUUUAAUAAGACUAUAAAUGCAUAACUUACGCUAAAAACCGAAAACUUUUUUUUCUAAUUUUCUCUUGAAACCUGAAACUUUCCCCGCAAGUUGCAAAGUAACCCCGGUUUACAGUACCUACUAUUUUGUUUAAAUAAUUUUAUAUUGACUUUUGUAAAUACUACUCUUAUUAUAUUUCUGUUAGCAAUAAUAUUCCCUAAAUAUUAUCUUAACACCCAUAUACGUUCUCCGGGUUUUCUUAAGUUUUCGCCAAUACUCAAUAUAAUCUUAUAUUAAAUACCAACUUAGUUUUACGUAUUGAAUUACUCGAUCGGUAUAAUUUAUUGUAAGUUUUAAGCAGUGUAUGGUCGGUUUUUAGAGCCACCCUACACUAGCAUCUUUUGAGCAUCGACGUCUAGUUAGCGCUAUGGAAAAUGGCGUCGCUGCGGAGUUGCGCCAACGUUACGUCGAGCAGCAGCCAUAGAAUUGAGUAGACGCCGACGCUUGGGAGAUGCUAGUGUGCGGUGGCCUUUAGUUAUGUUUUAAACUAUUAUUAGAAAGAAGAAAAAGAGCGUGUACCUAGACAAUGUAAAUCCUACUUUAUGAAACAUAAUUUUAAAUUGGUAGGUAAACAUUAUUGUGUUCAAUGAAACGUAAAAAUUGCAGUCAGCGCCUGGACUAUAUACUGACAUCCAACAGAAGUUUCCAUUAUGAUGUUGCCCUGGCGCUUAAAAUUACUGUAGAUUUAGUUUUCAUAAUUUUAUAUCAAAUAUUUUAAUGAUUUAAGUUAAAAACAGGCUUUGUACGUUUGGAAUAAAAAUCAAUUUGUACAUUGUAUUUAGAUUAUAUAGCUUUUUUAAACUGACAAUUGUACAUUGAAAAUAAAAGUUGCAGGUGCUACUCUGGUUACCAUUUCGUAUCUUAUGUAUUAUUGUAGAUAAUUAAAUAAAGAUACCCCUUUUGAUAUGUCACAAAAGACGAAUGCAUUUUUCCCGCAUACGAUAGAUGGAAAUGUUUAACAAACUCGAAUUCUGUAGUAUAAUAUCAACAUCCGAAUUAUAUAUUGUAAAUUGUUAAAGAGGGUGUUGGUUUGAGUAACCUACUUAUGUAUCGAUAAAUAAACAAUUAUUUUUAAA